GUACUUGAACCCAUGUUUUGCCGCUGUGUACGCGAUUAAGUUUAGUAAAGUAGUGAAGUUUUUCUUUGUAAACAUUUUAGACUCGAUAGACUUAAAUAAAUUUAUUUGAAGUGGUGUCUUGUGAAAAUAAACGUGCGACAGAAUGGAUCUCUCAGGUCCGCAAUUAAUUUCAAACAUCUUGUCUAGUGAUGAGCUAGAGCAGACGCCGCCUGGGGUGCAGGAGAAAUUGAAAACUUGGAUAGAUGGAUUUUUCGAUGAGUACUGCAAAAAUAAGGCUGCUGCUAAUCGCCUGAAUGAUUAUGAGCAAAAAUCGGAGGAACUACAAGCAUUAAUUCAGGAUUACGAACUUAAAUUAGAGAGCCAGAAUAAAAAUGUUGCAGAAUUACGUGCGCAACUGGACAGUGUUUCGAGCGAGCGUGUACAAUUACUUGAGCAAAGCAAGAAUCAUGAAGUGGAGAUGCUUGCGCUUAGAACUGAACGAAAUGCUGUGGCUGAAGAAAGAGACUCCUUUUUGAAAUUAAUAGAACGCCAGAAAAGUGAGUUGGAUAGAUUGCAAGAAGAAAUUCACUCUUAUCAACAGCAACUGAAAAAUGCUAUCACAGCAAAAUGCGAAGCUAUAGCUAAAGUAGAUGAAAUAGAAAGUCAGAAGGUUGCGCUUGAUUUUAAAGAACGCCGCAUGGAACAGGAACGUACAAUGCUUCAUAAUCAGAUACGCACACUUACUGAUGACUUAAAUCGGAAUAUAGCGGAGCUUCAGAGCAUACGACGUGACAAUACAAUGCAGGGCAUGCAUCUGGAGGCCCGACUUGCUGAAAAAACGGAGGAACUAAAAAUUGCUCAAUCUCAAUGUACACAAUAUAAAGAGACAAUUGAAAGACUUUCACAAAAUGUCCAAGACCUAUCAACUAAACUAUUGAACCAAAAUGAAGAAGCAAACAAGAUGAUGGACUUUUACAAGAAAGAACUGGAAGCUAAGUCUAAAUUGGCUGAACUAUACAAAAGUAAUUGUGAGGACACGGAUGUGGAGCGAAAUGAAUUAAGUACUGCCAUAUCUGAUCUUAAGCGAAUGUUGGCCGAAGCCAGUGAUCAGUAUGGAGAACUCGAAACCAAGUUCAAAGCUACUGUGCUGCAACAUGAGCAAGAACUCGAAGAACGCGACAAAGUAGUAGAGUCACAAAAAUCCGAACUUCAGCAUGCAAACGAUUUGCUGAAAGAGGUGCAAAACGAAACCAUGGAGAGUGCUAUUUCGAAAAUAGCUCCAUCCGCUGCAAUCGCGAGUCGCCUCAUCCGGACUGAUAUGUCGCUAACUGAGCUAUACUCCUUAUAUGUGAAGAGUUCCGAAGAACUGGACCUUCAAAAACGCGAAAAUGCGCGUCUAAACCUUCAAUUAAAAACUAUAUUGCAGGAACUGACCGAAAAUGCGCCGGUAAUUAAAAAGCAAGAGCUGGAGUAUGAAAAGUUGAUCGAAACAAAUAACAUAUUGGCCCAUCAGCGUGAUGAAUUGCUAAGUAAGAAGGCUGAUAUGGAAGACUUAAUGGGCAAUGCACAUUCCAAAAUAAAUCACCUAGAAAGAGAAAAUAAAAAAUUAAAGAACUCUCAGAACGACCUCAGUCGUCAAGUGUGCUACCUGCUAAAAGAGGUCGAACAAUUGCGAAUCGGACUCAUUUCGGAGAGUUCUGCCGUUCAGAGCGGAAACCUCUCCACCACAGACGACGUCAUAUCAAAGAAAUUAGUAACAUUUACCAAUAUUGUGGAGUUACAGGAGAACAAUCAAAAACUUCUACUUCUUGUGCGAGAUCUUAGUACUAAGCUAGAAGAUGCUGAAACAUUGAAACAGCAAAUGGAGGCCGCGGCUUACCAAGAAAAAAUCGAAAACUACGCCAAGAAAUUCCAGUCGAUGCAAGAGACGUUAAAUCAACAAAAUAACACCGUAGCCACGUUGGUAUCGAAGUGUGAACGUUACAAGAAAAUGUAUUUCGAACUCCAGAGAAAUAUACAAAAGUCUGGAGCCAAUGCAGAACUGAGUGAUAUUGAAGACGCUGAAAUGAGAGAAAUUGACGAUACUGAAAAUAAAAACACCACUAACAUAUCAAAUCAAAGUAAGAGCAGAAAAUCUAAUGACGGAAACGGAGAGCGUCGUAUUCGAGAGUUGGAACAGCAAUUGCAGGAAGUUAAAGACCAAUAUAAAACAUUAAAGGAACAGUACGAAUAUUACACACAAGAGAAAAAGAAUAAUGAACGUAUUAUGAAUGAGCAAUUCGAUUCUAUGCGCACAGAGGUGAGAGAGUUGACUUCGACGAACUGCAAACUAAUGUCUUCACUUGAGUACAGCAAAGAACAAAUCAAAUUACAGCAAAAGAAUAUUUCAACCUAUAAGCAACAGAUAACAGCACUCGAAGAUCGUAGCAAAAAUUAUGAAAAUACGAUUAUAAAGCACGAACAGACAGUGCAUUUCCUAAAAGAUGAAAUUUUGAAAGCGCAGCAUGGCCAUUCGGCUGCCCAGAGCGAAGCAUCGCACUUGCGUAGUGAAAAUCGUAUUUUAAAGGAUACCGUAAAUCGUCUACAAGCAGAAAAGGAAGGAUAUCAUCGCGAACAGCAAAAUCAAAAUUUACUUUUGAAUAAUUUGGAAUUGAUCAAAUCGAAUUUGGAACGUUCUGAAAUGGAAGGACGAGCAAGAUUGGAGCAGCGGUUAGACGAAACUGUACGUGAAUUGUCCGCUCAACGCCGCCGUUUCCAGGAGGAAGAAGAUCGGUUCCGCGAAACAACAAGCGAUUUAAAGCGGCAAGCCGAAUCUGCAAAGAAAUGUAUGGAGGAUGAAAGAGCGCAGUCUGAAAAGCUGCGUAAUGAAUUACAGACAGUACGUGAAGAGCUCACUACCAAGACCAAUCAAAUCGAUGAGCUCAGCAAGAAAUUACAGGAGAGCUUAACUCCCUCCAAAAAUGAUAAUCCAAUAGCUUUGGCGAACAAGAAAGCACGUGAAUUCGAGAUAAAACUUGAAGAAGCGAAAAUUGAAAUAAAUUCUUUGUCAGCUGAAUUAGCAAAGGCGCGAGAACAUGCCGAUCAAUACUUUAAGAUGUCACAGAGUGCGGAAGCAGAAAUUAAAAAUCUCCAUGAAGUUCACACCGCAUACACCGCAAAAGCUGAGUCUCAAAUUAAAGAACUAAAAUUGGUUGAGUUGAACCUAAAAUCAAGAAUAAGUGAACUUGAAGCAGAAGUACAGCUAGCCAGCGUCACUGAAGUACCAAAUUCAAAUCAAUCCGAACAACUGAAAAAAUCCAAAGACGAGCUAAAAGAUGUUUUGCAGAAAUUAAGUGAAUGUAAUCGUAACCUCCGCACCCUGCGCACGGAGAACACUUCACUGUCGGAAUCGUUAAAUGUAGUGCAGGGAAAAUAUGCCAAUGAAAUGGUUUUACAUUCAGCUGAUAUACAAGAACUCACAAAAGUGAAAGAAGAGAUGACAAAAGUACAAGAUCAAAUAAAUGGCCUAAUUAAUGAACGAGAUUCCGCCAGGAAUCUGUACGAAGAGCUUAAGGGCUCGCAUGACGAAGCGCUGCGCUUACUCCAAAAUGAGAAGGACGAAAUGGAAAAGCGUAUAGUUGAUCUUAAUGGUCUCAAUUCAAGUUUGCACGACCAAAUCGAAGCACUGACAAUGCGGCUAAGCAUACUUACUCAAUCUCAACCAGCAGCCGUCUCUUCAAAUUCUUUAAAUGAGUCUGCUAUGGAUACUUCUGGUGGGGAAUUGAAUCGUUCGCGUUUAGAGGAAGAUCCCAAGAACAAUGACCAAUUAUUGCAAAUAAUUAAGUAUUUGCGCAAAGAAAAGGACCUCAUCGACGCGAAGCUAGACAUACUAAAAGCGGAGAAUGCACGCUUACAAUCUGAGAAUAUGAUUUUACAGAAAAAGCUGGAUGAAUUAAAGGGAAGCCUUACUCAAGAGCGCGCCAAGUCCGAGACUUUAGUAGUUUCAACCACAAAACAUGAGGAAAUUCUACGCAAAAUAGAAAACCUAAAUGCAAUUACCGACAGCAACAGAAUUUUACGUGAAGAACGCAACUCGCUGGUUUCACGUGUGAAAGAGCUCAACGAACAUAUUACCGCUAUUGAAAAUGAUUUAUUGCCAUUGCAAAAUCAAAAUCGCGAGCUUUCUACGAAAAUUGAAGAGCUUACAUCAGAAAACACGUCUCUACGCACAGAAGCAAUUAAAUGGCGUCAACGUGCCAACGUACUGGUUGAGAAGAGCAAUAAGAAUCCUGAGGAGUUCAAACGAUUGCAAACCGAGCGUGAAAAUCUUGCCAAGAUGCUGACUCAUGAAAAGGACUUAUUGAAGCAGACCACUGAUGAACUAAAUAGCAUUAAGGCUGAAAAGCUUCAACGAGAGACUGAGAUAGCAUCACUUGAAAAGCAGAUCCAGACACUAAGUGAAGAGAAGAAAAAGCUCAGCGACGAAUAUUCUGGAGUUCGUCAAAACAAUAUGCGUAUGUUGCAGGAGAUUAUGGAACUGCGAAAUAAGUUGCUGCAAAAGGAAGAGGCGUUGCAAAAACUUGUCGACGAAAUGGAGGCUAAAGAAGCUCAAUUGCAAGACUCUAAGAAUAAAGAAUUCCAGAUUCGUAAAAUUGCGAAGCGUUAUAAGGAUUCUUAUUUGGAGCUGUCAAAUAAAACAGCAGCCGCUUCACAAGAUGGUGCGACACCGGCGCAAGAUAACAUGGAUAUUGGCAGCAACAGUGGCGCGGAGGGGGCCGCUAGUACCGCAGCAACCGCAACGGCUGUUACAAAUGAAUUAGAACAGCAUCGCAAUACCAUUGAAAAUCUUAAUGGCGUCAUACGCACAAUGCAAGAAGAAAGUGAAAAACUGCGUAAAGAUUAUGAUGACUUGAAGACUGCUGUAGAAAUUGAUGAUCGCACCAAAACUCUAUUGCGUGAGGCCAAAGCACGCAUUGUCAGUUUAACGGAAUCUAAAAAUGUUAUUAGUCAAGAAUUGAAUACAACUAAGAGCAAGCUACAAAAUGUUCUACAAACAUCAGAGAACGCAGAUUCGACCAUCAAUAACAUUAAAACCCAAUACGAGGAAACUCUAGCACGGCUCGAAAAGGAAUUACUCGAACAAAAUAAUCAGAACAAAGAGGCAAUUGCUCGGCUUACCAGAGAAAACGAAUCGCUGCUAAUGCGCAUUAAUCAGCUAAAUCGGCAGCUCGGUUUACAGCAAUCCGCUAAGCCGUCUACCAGUUCAGUUGCAAUUACAGAUAAGGGCUGUAUUUCGGAGUCGUCCCCUCGGACAGCGAAUGUGAAACCAAUGUCAGGCUCAACCACCGUGCAACAAUCGGCUACAGUAACACCAUGGCGCGGUAGUGAAACUCCUUUGGCUAGUAUUCGACCAAUUUCGGUGCAGAAUAGUCGCACCGCUGCUAUCCUUCCUACAAGCCAACAACCUGCAGCCGGUGGUUCGUCGACUUCCACGUCAACCUCAUCGUCGAGCACAACAACCGCUUCAACCGGCUGUAGCAAUACAGCUUUAGUUCCGCCACAGCAACAGGUGCACACAACUGGCAGCAGUUCGAUUGAGUCAAUGUCAUCGUCACCAACUUCUUCCCACACAGAUUACAUGCCCUCCACUAGUAGCUCGGCUUCGGUAGCCGUUGCUGCCAUUCCACCGAUGGGCUCUACAUCUGCAGCUGAAAGUUCCCAAGAGGCCGAGAGCGUCCAACAGCCUCAACAAAAUGAAUCACAAUUGCUUGUUGGUGGUGGGCAACAACAGGUGGUGGCUUUAGUUUCACCACGAGUUGAGGGGUCUUCACAAAAUGUCCCUUCUCCGAAUUUGCAGCUUCAACAAGAUCCGGGAAACCAGCAACCUAGUACUUCAGGCACUACCAGUUCUAGCACACACAUCGCUGUCAGUAGCCACAGUCGUCAUACACCUUCUAGCAGCAGUGUUACCACCUCACAGGCCGGUACAUCGGGUGGCCAUAAAAGGCCUCGUGAACUAGAAGGAGACUCAUCUACGAAUGUUGAGGAUGGUAAUGCCGACAAAUCAACUAAACAUCCGAAACGCUUGCGUGGAUCUGAGCCAGCUAUCUUGGGAGUAACCGAGUCUGGCAUCGACGUUGAAUAUCAAGUACCCACUUCAUCUCAACGUGAUCAAGAAGAUGAUAUUGUCGUCGUAGACUCCGAGGAAGAAGACGACGGCAUGAUCGAGGCUGAUGACGGGCCAACGGAUGGCGACGCUGAACAUGAAGGCUACGAAGAUUCCUAUGAACAAGAUCAAGACAUGGACGAGAACGAGAUACCAGAAAUUAACGAAAGUAACAUACGUGUGGAUGCCGAAGUCGAUAACAAUGAAGUUGAUGUCGAUGAGGGCAUUGAAAACCAAGCUCAGUGUACGUCGGGUACCGACAAUCAGUCAGACAUACAUUACAAUACCGGAGCUAGUACAAGCCAAGCUGCAGCAUCCGCCAUGGCACAUAGUCACGAGAUGGAUAGUCAUCAACAAAGCCAAACUAUCAGUAGCGGUAGUUAUGAAUCCAAUCCCAAUGCCACACAACCGACGGCCCCACAACGAAAACAGGCUCGUCCACAGAAAUCUACAGCAACUGCGCCACAACAAGGAUUAGGCGGAAAUGUCAGUGAAAGUGGGGAGCAAGAUCCAAACGGAAGUCGUCCAUCUGACAGUGGUGCUGAACUAGUCAGUUCUCCACAAGGUUCCAAAUUUGGUGCCAGUGAGGCUGGAGCACAUUCCGAACAACACGAGAGCAAAUUGGCUACCAAUGAGGCGGCCGAUGAGAACGUAGCAGAGAGCGAUGAACUAGUGGGUGAACGCAAUGACGAAAACGCCCCUGAAGCUUCAAAAAGCGGUGCACCAAGCGAUGCUGCGCUGGCCGCAGAAGAGGAUAUGGAAAACGUGGAAGAAGAGUUCAUAGAGGAAGCUGCUGCAGUAGAAGUGCUUGAAAAUGCAGAUAGCGAAAGUCAUCACAGCAGCGGUGCUACGCAAUCUGAAAUGCAGGAUAUCCAGCAAAACCAGGUCGAAGCAACAUCUGAGGACAAUGAAGGUGCAGAUGGAGUAUCGUCGGAAGGCGAAAAGCAAGCCGUGGAGGAAAUAGAAGAAGAGGGACGCGAAGCCGAAGCCUCCACUUCCCCAUCGAUAACAACUCGGUCUAAGGCUAUCAAGGGUUCGGGUGGUGUACGGCGACCUUCUCGCGGUUUUCAACGUGGAGGUAGACCAACCCCUAUAAUUUGGCAAGAUAGUGCUGGACACUCACGCAAUAUGUCUCCAAACCAUCGCGGACAAGAACCGCCCGGUAGUCCAAUGCGCGGUUUCCCCAACCAGCGUUCUCAACGCGCACGGCGUAUGCGACGUCCGACCGGUGGAAAUUACGGAAAUAUGCGUUAUUCAUAAAUAUUAGCUUUUGCAAGUAAUAUUUAUAAAAUACAAACAAAAUUCAUACACUUAAUAUCCCUCAUUAUAUUAUAUUUAUGCAAACACAAGAUCGGAUUUACUUUCGAAAACUGCAACAAUAUUUUAAUCUUAAAUAAAUGUUGCAUAUUCCACUUUAAUUUGCCAAUUUCGUUACUAGCCACAUUUAAUUGCUUCGAAACGAAAUUUAUUAAUAAAGUAUAUGCUAAUUUAGAGAGUGCAAAUAUGGGAACUUGGAAAUGAAUUGCUGUUAAAACCUCCUCCAACGAUACUAUGGAAAAAAUCAAUUUGAUUUUAGAAAGUUUCAUGAAGGUUUUUUAGAAUAGUCAAAUCUGCUUUAGCAGUCGUCAAAUGCACUUUGGAAUGCAUUUAUCGAUUUUA